AACUGGAGGGGGGGGUCCGUCUAAACCCCGUGUCAUCAGUCCGCCAGCGUUUCCCUUUUUUUUUGGAAAAGUUUCCUUUUUCAAAGCUAAUGAACGCGUUUCCAAAAAUCCCUAUGGAUCUGGCCGGGGGGGGCGGGACUACGAUGCUGAGGACGAUGCUGAUUGGUGCGUCUUCGAUAUUGGCAGUCGGACGGGAGUCUCCGGAAAGCCCAAAUCCAAAGAGCGGCUGUGGAUGAGCGGAGUAGAUGCGGUGGGUGUGCAGGGAACAAAUCAGAUAAAGAGACAAGGAGCCGCUACUCCACACAUCACCAAGACCUGAAUUACGUUACUUGAAAAAAACAAAACAUUUUUUUUCUUUUCUUCUUCCAACAAAAACGAUACUUUUCUGUGUCGAGGUUUCCCUGUCAUCUUGCAUCAUGCUGAAACCAGUCACCAUUCAUGGCUUCCUGUCCACAUUAUUGUGUAUGUGGGCAUUGUGUUAUGCCCAGUCAGAUUCUGACACCCCUGUAAUCCAACUACGGCUGGCAGGAGACAAGCGGAAACACUACGAAGGUCGGUUGGAAGUGCACUACAAUGGAGAAUGGGGGACAGUGUGCGAUGAUGACUUCUCCAUCUACGCUGCUCAAGUAGUGUGCAGAGAGCUUGGCUACCUGGAUGCAGAGUCUUGGUUGCCCUCGGCCAAGUACGGAAAAGGAGAAGGUCGCAUUUGGCUGGACAAUGUCCACUGUACUGGCAGAGAGAAGAGCCUUGCUCAGUGCGAAUCAAAUGGCUUUGGGGUCUCCGACUGUAAACACUCAGAAGAUGUCGGGGUGGUGUGCAACCAAAGACGCAUUCCAGGCUUCAGGUUCAUCAGCACCCUGGCCAACAGUCUGGAGAGCAUGACUGUUCAGGUGGAGGAUGUGAGGAUCAGGGCCACCUACUCCCAUAGGAAAAGAAUUCCCAUCACUGAGGGCUUUGUGGAGGUGAAGGAUGGAGGCAAGUGGAGGCAGAUAUGUAACCGGGACUGGACAAAGAUGAACACCAGAGUCAUCUGUGGCAUGUACGGCUUCCCUGGAGAGAAGGGCUUCAACACCCGUGCUUACAAGUUGUUGGCCAAACGCCGUAAGAAGAACUUCUGGGGUUUCUCUGUCAACUGCACAGGGAAUGAGGCAGACUUGUCUGAUUGUAAACUGGGCCGAGAGAUAGAGCUGAAGGGCAACAAGACCUGUGAGGAGGGCAUGCCUGUGGUGGUCAGCUGUAUACCUGGACGAGCCUUUGCCCCUAGUGUUAGUGCUGGCUUCAGAAAGGCCUACAGAGAAGAGCAACCCCUGGUGCGUCUGAGAGGCGGAGCAAUGAUAGGCGAGGGGCGAGUGGAGGUGUUGAAGAACGGUGAAUGGGGGACGGUGUGUGAUGACAACUGGAAUAUCCGAGCUGCCACCGUGGUAUGUCGAGAGCUGGGCUUCGGCAGCGCCAAAGAGGCUUUGACUGGCGGCAAGCUGGGACAAGGCAUGGGGCCGGUCCACAUGAAUGAGGUGGAGUGUUCGGGAUUUGAAAAGUCCCUGACGGAGUGUUCGUUCAACCGUGAGGCAGUGGACUGCAACCACGAGGAGGACGCUGCCGUCAGGUGUAACAUUCCUGCCAUGGGCUUCCAGAAAAGACUACGUCUAGGCGGAGGCCGCAACCCAUAUGAGGGCCGUGUGGAGGUGCUGGCGGAGAAGAACGGUUCGCUGGUGUGGGGCACGGUGUGCAGUGACAGCUGGGGCACCAUGGAGGCCAUGGUGGUGUGCAGACAGCUUGGCCUGGGUUUCGCCAAUAGCGCCUUCCAGGAAACAUGGUACUGGCACGGGGAGCAGUCAGUUGACGCGGUGGUGAUGAGUGGAGUCAGAUGUUCAGGAACUGAGCUGACCCUGGACCAGUGUCUCCACCACGGGAAACACCUCCACUGUCCCAGGGGAGGUGGCCGCUUUGCUGCCGGCGUGUCCUGCACUGAGACGGCGCCAGAUCUCGUCCUUAAUGCUCCGGUAGUGGAGCAGACCACCUAUCUGGAAGACAGGCCCAUGUACAUACUGCAGUGUGCCCAGGAAGAGAACUGCCUGGCCAGUAGCGCCGCCACAGCCAGCUCCACCUCCUACCGGCGCCUCCUCCGCUUCUCCUCCCAGAUCCACAACAAUGGCCGUUCAGACUUCAGGCCUCGGGCGGGCCACCAAUCCUGGGUCUGGCACGAGUGCCACAGGCAUUACCACAGUAUGGAGGUGUUUACACACUACGACCUACUUAGUCUGAAUGGCUCCAAGGUGGCCGAGGGACACAAAGCCAGUUUCUGCCUGGAGGACACCCACUGUGAUGAGGGUAUUCAGAAGAGGUAUGAAUGCGCCAACUUUGGGGCACAGGGCAUCACCGUUGGCUGUUGGGAUACCUACAGACACGACAUUGACUGUCAGUGGAUUGACAUAACGGACGUCCAGCCUGGGGACUACAUCUUCCAGGUUGUGAUCAAUCCCAACUACGAGGUAGCAGAAUCAGAUUACACCAACAACAUUCUGAAGUGUCGCUGCAGAUAUGAUGGACAUCGGAUAUGGACAUACAACUGUCAUAUAGGUGGCUCACUGAGCUCAGAGACAGAGGAGACAUUCCCCGGGUUGCUGACCAACCAGCUGUCACAUAGGUAGACUGAGAACAGAUAAGACGACUGGACAGACAUCAAGGCGCACCAGAGAUCGGACGUGAACACUUGACAACCACUAGAGGCGGGAUGUACUCUACUCCACUUCCUACUUGUAGUGCUGGAUCAUCGCCACAGCUUGAUUGGUAUAAAAGGACUAUGAACACACUGUUGCAAAACCACAUGCCCUUAAUGUCUCUGUCCACACACUCUGUUCUGAGUAUCAUCCUCUGUUACCAUUGAAAUAUGGGUUUUGACCUGGUGCUUACAAGAAGAGCUGUCAGGAUUGUAUGGUGCAAAACCAAGUAAUUUAUUAAGAUUAUUAUGCAACACUGUUGCCAGCUAAGCAGUUUUCAAGCUUCUGUGCUUUGAAAUCCUUUCAACAAAAUCCAUGAGAUGAAGACUUUAAACUUUUUGUUUACUCUGACGUUAGCAGUCUAACCUGGUGCUAGAUCUUGUCUUGUCUUAUCUUUAAUUAAAUCGGCAUCAGAGAUCACAUAUUCCCCUUUAGAAUUUGAUGGUUCGAUCGGUGACUAAAAGCAAAAAAAAGUAAAACUCUAUGAAACAUCACAGUCCACAUUUAGCACAGAGUUUAACUCUUCCAGAAAUGUUUAAAGAAUAAAACAAAAACUGACAUGGAUUUGGCUUUCAAAGCACAUCCAAUGCUUAACAUCAGGCUGUAAGCAAAAGUCAAAGCUGCUCUUUUUUUCUUCUUUUUUUUUAUUCUUGGUGCUGAUUCUGCAGUGAGGUUAUAAAAAAAAAAUCUAUUGCUUAUAUUUGAUGCAGUUGUUCUUGUUAUCUGUAAAGAACGGUUGAGUCUUAUAGUCAGAGGCUACACAAAGUUUAUUUCAAAACUCUCCAGAACAUCAGUCCACAUUUAAUUUUCCUCAAAAUGUGCUACAUCCCUGAGGCUACCUUUAAAAAUGUUUGAAAUUUUUCUUUAAACAGUACACAUGCACUCAUUUCAUUGUAUUUGCACAAUCUUGUCAACUUUGUCUUCUUUGUCUGCGUUUUGUUAAAUUAAUCAGGGACCUCUAUACCAUCUCUUGGAUGUACUGUAAAAGCCUCAUCGUAUGUGAAGAUGCCUCUGCAUUGUUUUGUAAAUUUGUUUUUGUAAAGUAGCAUCUCCAGGGUCCCUUCAUUUUACAAGGGUUCUCACCAUUAGCGUGAUAAUUGUUUUUAAAUUGUUUAUGCAUUGUUGAAUGUGGAAAAGCAUUAUGUUUUCUGUAAUAAAAAGGACGUAUGAAGCAGA